AUGCCUCGCCGAUCAAGCCGUGUUAACCCCGGCGUGUCCACGUCACCCGAUCAAGGCGAUUUGGACUGUGCCCUCAGCUCCACAAAAAAGAGCACAAAAAGACCUCGUUCAACAGACAAUUUACCGCAGAGAAGCAGAACUAGAACGACGCCCAAGAAGAGCCGGUAUUUCAAACGCGCAAAGAAAAACCCCGUCGACGAGCUUUCAGCAUCUGGGUCGGACGUAGCUUCCAGCCCGACCUCUGCAGAGACCGCUACCGCCGCCGAUUCUUAUGUCCCGGAAACAGACGACGAAGAGGAGAACGAGCAGUCUCUGGAUGAUGAAGAUGACCAGGAAUAUGAAUCUGAAAACGGACCAACAGCUAGGAAGCAAAAUAUAAAAACUCCCAAGGGAGUACCGCGCAAAGGGAAGGAAUUGGAAGGAAUACCAAUAUCAAAGGGAAAAGAGCUAUGGAGAGAGGGUGUACGAACUGGCCUGGGUCCUGGAAAAGAAGUCUUUAUCGAACUUCCGCAAGCAAGAGACGCUGGUGACAUACCAUACGAGGAUCAUACUAUUCACCCAAAUACGCUUCUGUUUCUGGAGGACCUGAAGGCAAACAACAACAGAGAAUGGCUGAAGCGUCAUGACUCUGACUACCGCACGUCAAAGAAGGACUGGGACACGUUUGUGGAGCAAUUAAGCGAAAAGAUAAUCGAGAAAGAUAGUACUAUUCCUGAACUACCAGUUAAAGACCUAGUAUUCCGGAUAUAUAGAGAUGUUCGAUUCACAAAUGAUCCUACACCGUACAAGGUACGUGACGACUUGAACUGGUUUCAAAUUGCAGUUGUUCGAACCGCCUUUCUGGCCGUGCUUUCUGACGAUGUCAGCCACACUUCUCAGCAGCGUGGUCCCGUACUGGCCGCAAAGGCCCUUAUGCGGCUUAUUAUGUCCACUUGGAACCGGGAAAGUGUUUCAUCGACUACCCAGAUCGAAUUUAAUGUCUCGAUCUCUCCAUCUAAUAACAUUGUCUCCCCAGGGUCAGGUUUAUGGAUGCCAGAUGGCGGCAGACUGGCACGUUUAAGACGGGACAUCGACAGUCAAUCGGAACGCAUCAAGCUCGUUCUAAGUCACCCAGACGUGCGAAAAAGCAUAUUCGACGGCAUUCCUAAUGAAGAGAAGAAGGUAGUCAAGUCGUUUGUCAGUCAAAACCAAGAAAACGCUUUGAAAACGAAGCCCAAGGGCUACGAUUCGGACAAUCCGAACAUCGACCUGCUGCGCCUGCGCAGUUUCACGAUCAACAAAAAGCUGCGAGACCGGGAGGUGCUGGGCGGCGCCGCGCUCGAUGGGAUUGCGGCAGUAAUCGAGACUAUGGUUCCUUUUACGCUGAUUGGACAGGUCACAUAUCUGAACAGCGUGGUGAUGCCCGAUGCAGAAACGGACGAGGAGAGUUGA